AUGCGAUUAAAUCGUAAAUCAUUAGCUAUUAUAUCAUGGACCAAUGUUUCCAAAGAUGCUGUAAUGAAUCGUAUUAAACGAGAAUUCUCUCUAGAAAACAUCCAAUAUAUUUGUGUUGGUAAAGGAAUCAGUGAAAAAGAUCAUCAACAAACUUUAGAGGUACAAAUUAUUUUUAAAGAAAAAGUCAAUAAGAAAACGCGAUUUCUCGAUGGAAUUACUCAAACAUGUUGUAAUUAUCAAGUGACAAAGAAUGUUCUUGCAUGGAAUGACUAUAUUAAAAAAGAUAUAAACUGUCUUGAAUUUGGUCAAUUUGAAUCGACAACAUCUCAUGGAUGUAAAUAUUCGUCAUCACUCUCAUUAUCAACAACUGCAGCAAAAGCAGCAGCAGCAGCAGCAUCAGAAGCGAUACCCGAAGCAACAGCACAAGCAGCAAAAAAAGCAAUAGCAAAAGCAGUAGCAGUAAAAGCGAUAGCCGAAGCAACAGCACAAGCAGCAAAAAAAGCAAUAGCAAAAGCAACAGCAGCAGAAGCGAUAGCAAAAUCAACAGCAAAAGCAGCAGCAGCAGCAGUAGCAGAAAAAAAUGCCGUCUCUAUUUCUAUUCCAUUCGAUCAGAAUCAACCAUUAGUUCUAAAAAGAAAAACAACGGUAGAAGCACAAGCAGAAAAAAGAUGUAAAUAUAGUAAUGAAAUAGCGGAACAAUCACUUGAACUAGCACAAACAAGUAUGCUUUUAAAUAAUGAAUCUAUUGAUAAAAUUCACCAGUAUCAACAAAGAUCUGAAUACUAUUAUUCACUAAUUUGA